AUGCCCCUGCUCUUUCCCAACCUCCGAAUCUCACAGGUCUUUGGAGCCAACACGGACGUAGGAAAGACACUCCUCACCACCGCUCUGCUAAGAGCCACAGCAGCACAGUAUACCAAUGAGACGGAGACAUCAUCAGCUUCUGGCCCUUCCAGGAAGCGGGUAUUUUAUCUCAAGCCAGUCAGUACAGGCCCAGAUGAAGAAUCGGAUGUUAAUUUCGUUGAGAGAUAUGCAGCUCCAUACCAAGAUGUAGUCACCACAAAGAAUCUAUAUCAGUAUAGAGAACCCAUGUCUCCUCAUCUUGCAGCUCAGCUAGCGCCUGAAUUGCCCUUUCCCAGCUCGAACGAUGAGCUGGUGGACGGCGUAGAGCGAUACGCUCGUACGAGUCAACAACGUCUGGGUGGGAAGCGUGGAGCCAUGUUUAUCGAGACCGCUGGAGGCGUCCAUUCACCGUCCCUACAUCCACCACAUACACAGUCAACUUUUCUCAGAGCGCUGCGAUUACCUUCCGUCCUGAUAGCUUCACCACACCUUGGUGGUAUUUCAACCACCGUAUCUUCUUACGAAUCUCUCAUUAUCCGUGGCUAUACAAUCUCAGCCGUGUUAUGCUUGCAUCAUUCUUACUAUCGUAAUCACUCAUUUCUUCGGCAAUAUUUUCAAGACAGAGGGAUCCGAUUCUUUACUGUCAGACCACCACCAAAGAAGCAUGGUACCGUGUUAGAGGAUACAGUUCGACUGAAUCAGUGGUACGCUGACGUCGAACAGUUGUCUUCUGAGGGCGAGUCCGGAGGGGUAAUCAGAGACGCCGCUCUCUGGCUUGAGGAGGAUCAUGAUGCCAGAAUACAAGAACUCGAGGGGAUGCCAGAAAGGACUUUGAAAACGAUAUGGUGGCCGUUCACUCAGCAUGAUCUAGUGAAUAAGAGAGAAGACGUCAUGGUUGUUGAUUCAGCAUUUCAAGACAACUUUGACGCGUACUAUGCAAAGGCUCCAGUCAAAAGCAACGAUUCCAUGUUAAAUUCAUAUAUGGACGGAUCCGCCAGUUGGUUCACACAAUCGCAUGGACAUGCAGCUGAACCACUCACCAUUGCGGCAGCUUCUGCAGCUGGUCGUUAUGGUCAUGUCCUCUUUCCCAGCGGCACCAACAAACCCGCUCUUGACUUAGCGGAGAAGCUUGUUUCCACCGUUGGGGCGGGAUGGGCGGAGAGAGUGUUCUACUCGGAUAACGGAAGUACCGCGGUAGAGGUGGCUCUCAAGAUGGCGCUGAGAGCAAGUGCAAGACGAUACGGCUGGACUGGAGAGCUGGGUGGUGAUGUAGGGAUUAUCGGACUUCGGGGAGGUUAUCAUGGUGACACUAUAGGAGCUAUGGACGCGGCCGAGGCCUCCAGCUAUAACACCGCAGUGGACUGGUACAAAGGUCGAGGUCAUUGGUUUUCUCCGCCAACUGUCCAGUACAUCCGAGGCGUUCCUACGAUCCGGAGCACAUCCCCGGAUUCUUGGGACCCAUUACCUUCAUCUCUUGCUCCCGCAAGUUCUACAUCUGAUUCUUGGGAAAUAGCAUUCUCCGAUUUGCAGGACGUCUACAAUGUUUCAGACCGCCUGACAUCACCACUGGCAACAUACUAUCGAAAUCACAUCCGCUCAACCCUCGAACGUCUCGCGGGGGAAGGAAGACGGUUCGGGGCUUUGAUCCUUGAACCAAUCUGCUUAGGAGCGGGAGGGAUGGCAUUUGUCGACCCUCUCUUCCAAGCUUGUCUGGUCGAAGUUGUUCGAGCAAGUUCGGAUCUAUUCAACCCUCAAACCACUUCUUCAUCGAAAGAAUAUUCCUCAGAGUCGGUCUCAUCAAAAGACCGACCAUCAAGUGAAUGGUGCGGUUUGCCAGUGAUAUACGACGAAGUUUUCUCUGGACUGAACCGAUUUGGGUACCUAGCUGCUUCUUCGGUCCUCUCCCAUCCUCCAGAUAUUUCGACUUACGCCAAGAUCCUCACUGGUGGUCUUUUACCUCUCGCUGCUACCCUAGCUUCUAAGUCCAUAUUUGAAGCUUUUCUCUCUUCUAGCAAACGAGACGCAUUGUUACAUGGACAUUCGUAUACCGCUCAUCCGGUGGGAUGUGCAGUGGCACUCCGAGCUAUCGAGAUGACAGAGGGGAUGGAAUGGAAGACUGAGAAAGAGCUUUGGGGUGUUGGGGGCAAGGACAAUGUGGGAAGAUGGAGUUUCUGGGAUAAAGGAUUUGUAAUGAGUUUGAGUGGGGUAAAGGGAGUUAAAGGGGUGAUGGCUAUGGGUACGGUUUUGGGUAUAGAAAUAGAAGUUGACAAAAAAGGUUACACAUCACACGCCGCUCUUGAUUUCCUCACCGAUUUAAGGAAAGAAAUCGUCUUUAGUCCAAAGGGUGAAUUCUCUUCUUUUCAAAUACAUUCUAGACCACUCGGUAAUGUGGUUUACCUCAUGACUUCUUUGUAUACUUCACCCAGUGUGAUGAGAGCUAUGGAAGAGGUUUUAGGGAAAAAGUUUCGUGAGAGGGUAACCUCAUAA